CUGUCGCCAGUUCCUCUGUAUCUCAAUUUUUUCGCGGCAGUCUGGUUGUGGUCAUUAACUAUUUGAAUCAAAGCGUCCUUGGGAAUAAAAGAUAUAGCUCAAGCUUUGGUGAGAUUUCAGUUGCAACGCGGAACGACCGCUGGGUUCGUAUUCUGAAGCAUGGCCAGACAGAUGACAGACAGUCACCGCAGGUUUCUGCAGACCAUGAUGAGCAACGGAGUUAUGGAGUCCUCCAAAGCGAACGCUCUGUGUCUACAUUUCUGUCGGGACCAAAGCGUGCCUGCCCAGCUGGAUGAGUUUAUCGGCGUCAUCAACACGGAGCUGCAGCCGAUGUUCAUGCACAUCAGGAAAGGGAUGUGUGAGGACAACGGGCACCAGUACUACGCUUUGGUGAACAUGGCGGAGACGGACAUAACCAGAAUGUCUUCCGAUUACGCGGACAACGAGCUGGAGCUCUUCAGAAAAACGAUGGACUUGAUUGUGGAUUCUGAGCGAGGAAGAGCCAGCUCCACUGAUAUUCUCAACUGCGCCGACCGACUCCAAACCAAGAAGAUGAAGAAGAAAGAGGUGGAGAAUCUGCUGGACAGGCUGGUCCAGGACAAGUGGCUGAAUGAGAAACGUGGCGAAUACACUCUGAGUACGCGCUGCAUCAUAGAGAUGGAACCGUACAUCCGGAACAUUUACCAAGACCUGGUCAAGCCCUGCGCCAUAUGCCACAGCCUCGCCUUUCAGAGCCAGACGUGCGAGAACUGUGGCGUCCGAAUCCACCUCCCCUGUGCUGCCAAGUUCUUUAAAAACAACACUGACCCCCGGUGCCCCAGCUGUAAAGACUACUGGCCGCACGAGAUUCCAGUCUUCCAGUCUCAGACUCUCAGCCAAUCAGCUUCCUCCCGAGCCAGCACAGCCCCUGCAUCUACAGCUUCCCGGACACGCAGGAAGUGAUGUCACUGGCGCUUUAUUCUGUUCAUUUGGCUUCUAAGCCUUUUCUUUCCCGGUGUUAAAAGUCCAACUGUGUCCUUAUUAACAUCUUAGGCCCUGGAGGCUUCUUGUAGAUUACAGUUUUACAUGUAGAACAUAUUUUUGUAUACCUGCACUGUGUUUCAGUUCGUUUUUGUAGAAGAGUUGAAUGAGACUCUAACAGAACAUAAGUAGGGGGUGGUCUGCCCCAACCACACACUGCUUAUUAUUUAUACUUUGUGAUAAAUUGCAUUAAUGUCAACAAGUUUCCUUCACGUUCAUUUGAAUUCUUACCCAUUCAGUCAACUAUAUUAAAUGCGUUCAUUUUUCUUAUGUUCUUAUUAAAAGAAAUUAAAAGCUCU